AUGCUCAGCAGCUACAACUGCAGCUCAUGUGGGAGAAGUGGUUGUUUUGGAGUGGAGUCUCUGAGGAGGUUCAACAGGCUGGAUACUGGCGAGCAGGUGACAGAGGGAACAUCAGACGACCGAAAGAGGAGAGAGGAAGAAGACUGUGGUUUUAGGCUGAAGAUGAUGGCCGAGGGUCUAGCAGCAGCAGGAGGAGAUGUCAGCCUGCAGGACAUCCUGAGAGGAUGGACGGGUGGAUCUCAGAGAAUCAAGUCCAACAUGGUCAGAGUGUUCAUCAGCUCCACAUUCACAGAUAUGAGCAGUGAGAGGAAAGCCCUGCUGGAGAAGGCUUACCCAGAAGUCCUGUCCUUCUGUCGCAGUUUGGGGCUGGUGUUUGAGGUUGUGGAUCUGCGUUGGGGUAUUCGAAAUGUUCCGUCUGGAGACCAUGAAGCCUGUGAGAUCUUCCUGCAGGAGAUCCAGAGAAGUCAGAGGAUGUCAGCUGGUCCAGCUUUCACUGCGCUGCUGGGAAACCGGUACGGCCACCGAGCUCUUCCUCGUCAUAUCCCAGAGAAACAGUUUGACGUUUUUUUGGCCAAGCUCCAUAAAAACCCUGAAGGCCUUAAGCAGCUGAAUCAGUGGUUCCUAAAGGACAACAAUGCUGUCCCGCCCACCUACGUUCUGCAGCCAAUCACAGCUCACUUCCCACACUACAGCGACCUCCGACCUGAGAGUAGGCAGCAGCACGACAGCAAUGUCCUGUCCUGGCGUUUAACAGAGAAUCAGCUGUUGCAACUCCUACGAUCUGCGGCCGCUGACUCUGAGGCAGCCGGAGACAUUACAGCUGAGCAGAAACAACACUUUCACACAUCAGUCACAGAGCGGGAGUUUGAGCAGGGUUUGUGGAAGGACAACCAUGCGCCGCCUGCUGUGCUUUUUGUCCGAGAGAUUCCCCACCAGAGAGUGAGGGAUGGUCCCAAACGUCUCGCCAAGUUCAUGGACGUCACCGCUGACGGGCUGCUGGACACUGAAGCUCAGGGACUCCUCAGUGGGCUGAAGUCACGGCUCCAUGCAACGUCGCAGCAGAUCCUCAACCUGCACUGUGUGGAGCUCAGCAAAGGAAGCAUCGAUCCCAAACGCAAAGAGCACAGUCAGUACCUGGACAGCGUCUGUGAGCAGUUUGUGUCGCAGAUGAAGGCCCGGAUUGGAGCAGCAGUCGACUUGUCGGUGGAGGGCGGGAGGAGGAGGAGGAUCCGAGGAAACACUCAGGAGGAGAACCUGGAUGCGUCGGACUGGAUGGUUGAGGAGGUGAUGCAACACGUAGACAUGAGUGUUAAACUGAGUAAAGGUGUCCAUUGUAGGGAGGGCCUUCUGGGUAAGCUCUGCCUCGCCAUGUGGGAGUCCACCAAUGUCCGCCACAGCCCGCUGGUGGUACACGGCACUGCUGGAAUAGGGAAGACAUCUCUGCUGUGCAAACUGGCGCAGGAGAUGCGAAGUGUCCUGGAGUCUGGGGCGGUGGUGGUGAUCAGGCUGCUGGCAGAUCGUCACCCUCAGAGACCCAACAUUGACCAUGUCCUCCGCAGUGUCUGCCUCCAGGUAUGUCUGGCCUGUGAUCUGGUUCCACCCUCACCUCUGACCACCAACACUCACCUGGAGCUGCUGGAGUUCUUUAGGAAAGUUCUUUCAGACGUUUCACAGCAGGGGAACACGUUGCUCAUAAUCCUGGACUCUCUGGACCAGCUGUCAGACCAACAUCAUGCUCACAAGCUCCAUUGGCUGCCUGUCGACAUCCCGCCCAAUGUCCACCUGGUGGUCUCCAUGGACACCAACAGUGAGGCGUUUGCCAGCAUGCGGCUGAAACUGGACUCUUUGGGGAGCUUCUUUGAGGUGAAGCGUUUGUCUCGUGAUGAUGGCAAACACAUCAUGGAGUCGUACCUGCGAGCGUCUCAGCGAACAUUGACCUCUGAACAGAGCGAUGCUUUGCUGCGGACUUUCGAGCUGACUGGCUGUCCUCUACACCUCAGACUGAUGCUGUCUGCAGCCAAGCGCUGGAUGUCAUUUACGACACUUACUGAGCUGCGUCUGGGCGCCAGCAUGCAGGAGAUGAUGUCACAGCUCUUCCUGAUGCUGGAGGAGAAACAUGGGAAGGAGCUUGUGGGUGGAGCUUUGGGAUACAUCGCUUUGGCAAGGGAAGGUCUGCUGGAGGUGGAGCUGCGUGAUGUCAUGUCCCUGGAUGAUGAUGUCAUCAGCGAGGUGUAUAGGUACUCACUCCCUCCGACGCCCUCGAUGAUCCGGCUGCCCCCCCUCCUCUGGGCUCGGCUCAGAUGGGACCUUGAGGACCAACUGGAGGAACGGUGGAGUGGCGGAGUUGCCGCCAUCGCCUUCAACAGCCGGCGUCUCUAUGAGGCAGUUUCGGCCCGCUAUCUGACAUCAGAGAGGCGGGGACGGACUCUCAGGAAUCUGGCGGAGUAUUUCCUGGGCCGGUGGUCAGGGAAGCUGAAGCCAGUGGCUCUGCCAGGUCUGUCACUGCUGCUGUCUGACAGAAAGGUCCCAUCACAGCCACUGUGGUUUGCUUCAGGAUUAGCUAACGUCAGAAAGCUCCAGGAGCUGCCCUACCACCUGCUGCACGCCGGCCUGUGGGAUGAACUGCAAGAACAAGUCAUUGCCAGUGCUGAGUGGCUUUACUGUAAGAGCAGAGUGUGUGGGGUGUCCAGCGUGAUCCAAGACCUGGACCAGUGUUCCCAGUACAUGGGCUGCACUGAAACUGGAUUGAUCAGAGAUGCUCUGGUUUUGAUCAAACCCAGCCUGGACUUCUUGGAUGGUCACAUGGACAUGUCUCUGUUCUACACUGAGCUUUUGGCUCGACUCUCUUCCCUCGCCACCACCUUUCCCACUGUGGUUGGCCAGCUGUGCAGGCAGUGUGAGGAGUGGUUGAUGUCGUGUCCAGAGCCGGCUCUCAUCCCAAAGACCAGCUUCCUGCAGCAGCCAGGGGGGGCGCUGCAGCACACACUGACUGCACUGCAGGGAGGCGUCGUCUGCGUGGACAUCAGCACUGGCAUGAAGCUGCUGGUUGCAGGAUCAGAUGAUGGUGUGGUGGCGGUCUGGAGCCUCGCUGACAAACAGCUCAUACACACUCUGCUGGGACACACAGCCGCAGUCCUGUCUGUGAAAGUGAUGGACAGCUCCGCCCACUGCCUCUCAUUGGCUGCCGACAGCUCUCUGAGGAAGUGGAGCCUGACCAACGGCCAACAGCUGCUCUGUAUUCAGGAGGUGGUGCCCGCUGACUCCACCCCUUCCUCAGUGCACCUCCACCUGUCUGAGCAGCUACUCUUUGUGUACACCAGGACACAGGUGAAGGUGUGGAGACUGGACGGUUCUGAGCUCCAUCUCAGCUGCAGCAGUGAUGAGGUCUGGCUGGUUCUGGGGGUUCUUGGAGAAUCUGUUGUGUCUCUAUUAGACUCCGGUCGAGUCAGAAUAUCUCAUCCAGUUAACGGGACCCAAACUGUGAAGCCUCAGCUGGAAAACCUAUCAGGCAGUCUGACUCCUGUGAUUUCUGUUACGUUACCUAAACAAGGAAAAGUGUUAGUAGUGUCUAAAGAAGGAUUCCUCCACCAGAUUUCCCAGAUCGGUAAACACCCUCCUGCUGACUUCCCUCUGCUUCCUUCUUUACUGUCAGUUACUGAAGAUGAGAAAAUCCUGUUGGCGGGCAGUGAGCGAACUCUGAGCCUCUUCAACAUCUGCAUGCACUCUGUGGACAGAUUCCUCGAUCUCCAGCAUGAUGACACUGUUUUGUCUGCCUGCAUCUCUUCAGACUGCACACUGGUCGUCUCUGGAGCUGCAGAUCAGCUCAUACGAAUCUGGUCGGUCACCACUGGCACUCUACUGGACACUCUGUGUGGUUCAGACGCUCCGGUCACCUGUGUGCUUCUCUAUAACGGCUUUGUGGUUUCUGCCUCAACGGCUGCAGCCUCUGUCCAGCUAUGGAGUCUGAAAUAUGACCGUCGCCACAAACCCGCUGCCCACAUCCCUGCUGGCUCCGCCCACGUCGCCAUCACCAAAGACACAGAUCGAGUUUUCUACGUCCGACAGCAGAGUCAGACGGAGGUGAUGAGCUGGAACAGUAUCACAGGUCAGAGUUCUCUAUCAGAACGUUUGGCUGUCUCUGCUGAGGUUUGCUGCCUGGAGAUAGCUCAACACAAACGUAUGCUGUUCUGCGGCCUGACCAGCGGCACCGUCCUCAUCUACCCGUUAGCUCUGCCGGAGGAGACGCUCUGCAUCCCCCCUCCAGAGAGCCUGUCCAGGGUGCUCUGCCUGGCCGUCAGCUCCCAGGAGAAGCACUUGGCGGUGGCCUACGAGGACUCGGUGUGUCUGUUCGAGAUCACCACCAGAGACAGCUUCCCCACAGUGGAGGGGCCCCUGCAGAGGUUCCCCCUGUCCCUCCUUCAUGCCUCAGUCUCCUCCAUGGCCCUGCUGCCUGACCGCAAGCUGCUGUAUGGGUCGAGCUGUGGGGAGGUGAAGCUGCAUGACUUCGACAGCGGCAGAAGCUCCGGCCUAGAGCCUCAUCACAGCAGAGUGACCUGCGUGACGGGCAGUAACUGGGGGACUCACGCUCUGGUGGGCUCUGAGGACGCUGUGCAGAGGCUGUGGGCCCUGAACCCACUGGCCUUGGACCACACCAUGGAGUACAAGGUCAGGUUUUUCUUUGAGGGCGUCCUUUCUGCUGCAUUCUCAGACAGCGACCACUUCGUCUUCACAGGGUCUCAGGACAGAACCGUCAAAGUCUGGGACGUGGCCUCAGGAAAGCUGCUGUACGUCCAGUUCGUCUACUCCCCCGUGGUCCGGAUGGUGACCUUCAGGAAUGGCUUUGUGGGUUUGUCUCAGCAGGGUUCUGUCAUCAAGGAGGUGUUCCGCUGUCCAGAACACAUCAGUCCAGACUACAACCCUCUGAGGAACAUCAAGGCCCAGUACCGGGUCACCUCCAGGGAGAAGAGCCGGGAUGACAAGCAGGACUCUGUGUCCGACUUCCAGGACUUUAACCCGGCCCAGUUCAACCUGAACCUCAUGAGCAUGCUCAGAGCGAAACCCUCCUCCACUUGUCUCAUACUGUAGGACACUGGGGCCCAAACGCUGGCUCCUGGACCCUUUAACGGCCUCACGGUUCUUAGAUGCCUCAAAAGAAUUUUUUUUUUCUUUUUUUAACUAUUAAAACAUAUUUUACUAUCACCAGAGUUAAUGUACAUGUUCUUCAGAGCAGACACCUGCUAUCCUGUGAAAUGUCUGCACAUGUUCAUUUUCUAUGCCGAUGUUUAUGAAAAAUGCACUAAAUAUCAGUUUUGGAUUGUAGAAUUCUCUAACUUUAAUAGCAUUAAAUCCUUUCUUUGACCUAUUGAAUGCAGCUGCAGCUUAGCUAACUAAAGGUGUUUCCACCCGACACAUUUUGGCAAAACCAUACAUGUUUUAAAUAAAUGUCUGUAUGUGAUUUUUUUAUUAGCAGUGAAAGUACAGCUACUGUCUUCUCCAGAGACACACACUAGCUGUUCAGAGGAGUCUCUCAAGUCAGCAGGGUGGGUGUUACAUAUAAAAUACCGAAAUAUUGAAAUGGAGGCAGGCUAUGACUGUAAAAUUUGUUGCCCGGACACUGUGUUGUGGUUUGAUGUGGUUAGCAUGUUGCUAACAGUGUGCAGAGCUGUCAUCAAGGCAAACAAUGGUUUUUAAGAAGAAUCUAAAAUAUAAGGUAGUUUUGAUAACUUCGAUUUUGUUCUAUAGUGUAGAAAACAAACAAAAAAAUGUAACUACUGACUGAUGUUGUACAGUAUAUGGAAACAAGCCUCCACUGCACUUGUUUAGUUUUAAAGGGACCUAUUAUGAUUUUCCAUGUUUUCUGUCACGGAAAACAUGGAAAAGCAUAAUUACA